AUGCGUCUCGGAUUUAUUUGUGCCCUGUUCAUGGGAGCCGCUAUUGCUAUUCCUCAUGGCGGUGCCCAGGAACACCAAAAGGGUAUGCAAAAGCCUACGUCUUCAUCCGCAUCCAUGUCCAUGUCGGUACCAAUGAAAAGGACGUCAUCUACCACUCAUACCACUCAUACCACUCCUACUGCUUCAAUGGAAGCCCAGAAACGAAUGCUUCCGUUUUAA